AGUCAAAGUCGAAGCCAAAGAAAUGUUUGGGUAUCGAUACCACAUUGAUCCCAGAAGUCCCUUGGCCUAUAGUUGAAGCUUGAGCAAUGAAUAAACAUCUGUAAAGUACCUCUCGUUUCUUGCGUUGGAGCUUGCUUCUUUCUAUCAACGUGAGCUGCUACCCAGGUGCCUUGAAGCUUUCAUGGCCACUGGACAAGGAACAAGGCCUCUUGCUAACCAGGUGGCCAAAACUGUCGUUGACUCUGCGCCAGUUGUGAAGAUCGUCUGCGUGUGCCUGACAGUUUUGUACCUGGUGGGCCUCGCUCCUGGUGUGUCUGUAAAAAACCUUGCCAUCUCUGCUGGAACGUUUCUGCCCCAGUUCAAAAUAUGGACAGCACUGACCGCUGGGUUCUAUGAGCAACACUUAGUCUAUGUGCUGCUGGAUUUCGUGGCUCUGCUAUCAAGCAGUGCAACUUUACAGCCGCUAUGGGGUGGCGAAGAGUUCAUUAGAUUCAUCGUACUAGUGCAAGUAUUGACCUCCAUCGCCGUCAUUCUGGUGUACUUCUUCAUCUAUGUCCUGAUCCGCAAAGAAGCAUACCUGUUUACCACUUUCAAUGGCAUGGGAGGUCUGGUCGCUGCCCUGGCUGUGGCUAUGAAGCAGGUCAUGCCGGAUCAAACUAUCAUGCCGCUUCCACUCAUUGGCCUCAGCCUGCGCAUGAGACAUGUUCCAUUCUCGAUCGUUGCCUCUGCCGGCAUACUAGCUGCUAUCGGGCUACUGCCUGUGUCAGCAGUGGUUGGUGUCAGUGAAGGUCUCUUUUUCGGCUGGCUUUACCUACGCUUCUAUCAACGACAAGGCGCAGGUAGAGAAAACGUACGUGGUGACCAGAGUGGAGCCUUCGCGUUUGCCACCUUCUUUCCCGAAGUUUUGCAGCCUCUUGUGAGUCCUGUAUUGUCCACCAUAUACGCUGUACUCGUUGCUCUGCGCCUCUGCCCCAAGCAACCGUCUAUUGUUGACAUUGACACGUUCAACAGUACCAAUGUUCACCUACUGUCGGCGGACGCCCAGCGACAACGGGAGCUGGCACUGAAGGCAUUGAACUCUCGUUUGAAGGACACCGACGAACCAGAGGACUGGCCAAGUAUGGAUGGAGAUGCUGAGGCGGGUGAUGCAGACAAUGCUGCCAAUGUGGGACACGUGGAAAUUGACAUGUCACGUGCUGCUGAGUCGGGUUCGAAACCCGCUGCAAGCGCGUCAUAACUUGUGAUGGGCUGAAGAGAGGACUCCCUUGGCCCAUGCUUUACUUGCUUGUACAUAGCUCGAUAUGGGUGUGUGUACGUGUGCGUGUGUGUGGACGUGUGGACGUGUGCGUGUGGACGUGUGUGUGUGUAUGUGUGUAUGUGUGUGCGUUGCGCGGCUGGCUGGUUGUCUGUAGCGUUGUUUCUGUGUAGCCGUUUCCCCUCUUUACUAGUUGACAUCUCGAUACCAUAUCUCAUCCCCCCUCCCCCUCGACAUUUCCUUUUGUAUUUUUAGCUCUGCGGAGUAAUUCUUUCAGCUAGCUCGUGUAAAUUUGCUGUGUGUCUGCUCUGUUUUCAUGUAAGAGUUUAUUUUGACACGACCUGCCUGGUGCUUCCUCAAAGUUUUAUCUACUACUUCAAGUGCAUGUUACGAUUGUACUCCUCACGUUCUGCAUUGUCUCUAGGGCGUUCCUUCGGCAUGUGCUGAAAAAUUCCAAUACACGGCUGUGUGUAUGUAUGUA